UAUUAAUCAAAUUCUCGUAAAUCUAUUGAACACAACGAACCGACGAAAGGAAACACGAACAGAGAAAGACGAAAAAAAACAUGAAGUUCGAGCUUGUGUUCAUACCGUAUCCUGGGAUAAGCCACCUCAGAUCAACAGUUGAGAUGGCGAAGCUACUAGUCCAGCAAGAAAACAACCUCACUAUCUCCUUUCUCAUCCUUCCUUUCCUCUCCGGAAACGCAGCCGCUGCUUCCCCCUACGUGGAAGCUCUCUCCGCCGCAUCCAACGACCGCCUCCGCUACCAAGUGAUCUCCGGCAAAGACCAAACAACCUCUAAGCCUGAGCCUACGACCCUUGACAUGCAUAUAGAGAACCACAUCCCAACAGUAAGACGCGCCGUUCAAAAGCUCUUCGACCACUACUCGACCCAACCAAACUCCCCUAGGAUCGCCGGCUUCGUCCUCGACAUGUUCUGCACUUCGAUGAUGGACGUGGCGAACGAGUUUCACGUCCCGAGUUAUCUUUUCUACACGUCAAGCGCUGGGAUACUCGCACUAGGGUUUCACAUUCAGCAGCUAUACGAUGCUGAUAACUACCACGUUAGAGAAAGUGACUUUGAAGACUCGGAAGCUGAGUUAGUCGUUCCCGGUUUGACUCGUCCUUAUCCGGUUAAAUGUCUUCCACACGGCCUUGCAUCGGAACUGUGGCUCCCUAUCUUCGUGAAUCACGCAAGAAGAUUCAAAGAGAUGAAGGGUAUUCUCGUAAAUACUGUUGCUGAGCUGGAACCUUACGUGUUGGAAUAUACUAAUACGUCCAUCACUCCUCCAACAUAUUCCGUUGGACCACUUUUGCAUCUUGAGCCCCAAGUGGACGAGACACAUGAGGAGAUAUUGAGGUGGCUGGACGAGAAACCAGCUAGAUCAGUAGUGUUUCUAUGCUUCGGGAGCAUGGGAGGCUUCAGCGAGGAACAAGUACAAGAAAUAGCAGUAGCACUUGACAGAAGUGGCCAUAGUUUUAUAUGGUCUCUACGUCGCUCUUCGUCCAAUAUACUAAAUGAGAAUCCUGAAGAGUUUAAGAAUCUUGAGGAAGUUCUCCCGAAAGGGUUCUUGGAACGGACGCAAGAGAGAGGGAGGGUUAUCGGAUGGGCUCCACAGGUGGCUAUUCUCGCGAGUCCAGCGAUAGGAGGUUUUGUCACUCAUUGUGGGUGGAACUCGUUGCUAGAGAGUCUUUGGUUCGGUGUUCCAACAGCUGCUUGGCCGUUAUACGCAGAGCAAAAGUUCAACGCGUUUGAGAUGGUGGAGGAGCUUGGACUGGCUGUGGAGAUUAAAAGGUAUUGGAGAGGCGAUCAUUUGGGUGGAGUGGCGGCGGUGGACUUGGUGAAGGCGGAGGAGAUUGAGAGAGCAGUGAGGUGUUUGAUGGAGCAGGAUAGUGACGUGAGGAAGAGAGUGAAGGAGAUGAGCAAGAAAUGUCAUGCAGCUUUAAUGGGUGAUGGAUCAUCGCGUAUUGCUUUGCAAAGAUUCAUCCAAGACGUUGCCAAUAAUAUGGCACUAGCAAGCUCUUAAAACUGUAUAAUAGUAAUAGUACGUACUACUAAGUGGAGAUAUAUGGGGAUGCUAUCAGUGAUGUAUAAACGGAGCUUUGAUGUCUCACCGAUUAUGGUAACGACUAAAAUGACAUUAACAAGAAACUAUAGUCUUCCUGAUAAGCCUUCACGUUGGAGUCUACUAUUUUACUUAUUCGAAACCGUUUAAACUAAUGUGUCCAAGGUGGACAGUUCAUUUCAUUUUAAAAUUUUGACUCAAAUUUUGUGUCACUUUAAAGUUCUUG